AAUAAUAAAUAGACCUAAAGAGAGAAACGACGUACGUUCAUAGGUGUAUAAACACUUGCUUCCAUGGAUAAUAUAACAUAUGGAAAAAGCUUAUUUUAAAGAUGUUCUGAUGCAAACUGUCUGCGCAGUGAAAGAUGAAAAUAAACAGACCUGAAGAUAGAAACAACAUUUCCGCUUGAGACAAGUACCCUGCAUAUUACCUACCGUGAAAUUCGCAAAAACAAAACAAAUAUGUAAGUAAAACAAUUAACAAUAAAAUCCAUGCAACGCUAUAAGAAUCAUAAUGACUUUAUCUGACGUGCGUGCAUAGGUGUAUAAACACUUGCUUCCAUUUCUGUAACGUUAAGGAUAAUAUAACGUAUGGAAAUUAGCUUAUGAUAAAGAUGUGCUGAUGCAAACUGUCUGCGCAGUGAAAGAAGAAAAUAAACAGACCUGAAGAUGACCAGCAUGAUACAGGAGUUAACUGUUAGCCACAACCCAUUUGACAUGACACCAACGAUGAACUACAGUAAUACAACCGAUUCCUCAUUUACAAACAACAGUUCUACAAUUACGAAUAAUCAAAGCUAUGACGGUGUAGAUGACUUUUUGUUGCCAUGGUGGCAGCAGACAGUGUUCUUCCUUGCACUUAUAGCUAUUCUUAUAAUAGCUUCCGGUGGAAAUCUAAUAGUAAUCUGGAUUGUGCUUGCCCACAAGCGAAUGCGCACUGUCACAAACUAUUUCCUUGUGAAUUUGGCAAUUGCAGACUUUUUGAUAUCGGUUUUGAAUAUGCCAUUCACGUUUCUGUUCUUGCUUUACCAGAACUGGUGGUUUGGGACCUUCUUUUGCAAGUUUUCAUGCUUCAUCUCGCCAUGUACGAUCUCAGUUAGCGUCCUGACAUUUAUGGCAAUUGCCAUUGACAGGUAUAUGGCUAUUUUAUAUCCACUGAGACCGAGAAUACCCAGACGUCACGUCAUAGCCGCUAUAGCUGUCAUAUGGAUCAUCUCGAUUGCCCUUUCCUUACCAAACCUGAUAUUUUUUACCACAGUAGAACAAAGUGGUGUAACACUUUGUACUUAUACUUGGAGCUUAGACAAGGAUCUGGCGUAUAACUAUUUGCUGUUGAUAUUGAACUAUAUCUUCCCAUUGUUGACUUUAACAAUCACAUACUCUCGAGUUGGUAUUGAGUUAUGGGGGAGUCAGGCAAUAGGCGAGGAAACAUCAGUCCAACACGACAGAGUUAAAUCCAAACGAAAGGUUGUGAAAAUGAUGAUAGUGGUAGUUAUCAUCUUUGCUGUGUGCUGGUUACCAAUGCACCUCUAUUUUCUGUUAUCCAAUCACCAUCCAGCUGUUACGAAACUGGAUUAUAUUCAACAAAUUUACAUUGUGUUCUUUCUGAUGGCGAUGAGCAACUCUAUGUACAACCCUAUCAUUUAUUGUUGGAUGAAUUCUAGAUUUCGUGAAGGAUUUAUUCGAGUGUUCUGCUGGUGUCCUUGCAGACCUUGUAAAAAAUUUCGGAGUAAACUUCGGUUUCGGAGAACCCUUUUUCCAACCAGUGUCAAUGCAAUGUCCGAGAAAUAUAGUGAGAGGAAUGGAUCGUUAAUGCAUACUAUGACAGAAUAUGUAGACCCUGAUGUGAAUGGACCUCGACGAGUAUCAAAUAACCGGAAUAUAGUGAGAAAAUCAGAUGACUAUUUGUGAAAAAAAAAAUAGAUUUAGUGUAAUAGUUUGGGAAUUCAAGUAGCUGGUUCUUAAUUUACGUUUGAUUUAAUCGUUCUAAUGAUAGCUUUACCAAUGGACUACCUACAAAUAACAGAAGCGUGAUUUUCCAGUGAUCUAAACAUCUGUGAAUUUCCUACAUGUUAAUUAUUUUGGGUCAGAUAAGAUUGCGUGACUGACUCGAAAGUGACAUAUCUUCUUUUUAUAAAGAUGUGUACAUAGACAAAUGACACAAAUGACGAGGUUUUUGUAAAUUUAUUAACAUUAAAACGAAUUUGUCGUAAAAACUUAGCGACGACAAAUACAAACAAUGUACAGAAAGGUGAUAUCACAGAUGGUAUCCAUUCAUGUUAAUUAUUUUGUAGAUCUGUAUAUAUGAUUUGGGUUUUUUUUCACUGUAUUUAUUAUCAUAAUAUAUUAUUUUGUUCAUUUUGUCUCAUUUUAGUUCAUAAAAUAAAGUAAUAAAUUCAUUAUCAGUUAAACUGACCUUACAAUUCUCGAUAAGCUGCUUGAUUAUAUCAUAGACAUUACCUCGUAUCAUGCUGAACUUAUAAAGCUGCUGUUGAGAAAAAGAUAUUUCAAGAAAAACAUACUUGAGCAAAAUGUUCUUAGAUUUAAAGAAAGGUAGAAUAUUCAACUAAUAGCAUAAUGUAACGUGGGUCUAAUGAUUGCUUACGAAGUAUUAAUCACCAUAUUUCGAAAACAUGCUCUGAAAAGCU